GCAACUCUUUAAAUUCGCGUUUUGAUAAAAGACGCUAUGUUUGUUCUAAGUGGCGUCCCGUACUCAUUUGGCGUUCAGUCUUCAAAAUAUUGGAGAUGAUGGAGACAUGUAUUCGUUUGAAAGCCAGACGCUUAAAGAUGCUGCUGCCGUUGCUGAUGUUCAUGCUUCUACCUCCAUCUCUGCAUUGUAACCCAAACCAAGGUGGCUCUUUUGCCGACAUUGCAACACAAAUAUCUGGAUACAAAGAUGUGGCCCUAAAAAUAAUUGACCUGGCAAUGAAUGGCAAAGCACAAAAUCGAUCAUAUGAGCGACUGGCUGUCUUCACCGACACAGUGGGAAAUCGGAUAAGUGGGUCAAAAAACUUGGACCUCGCAAUUAAAUACAUGCACAACGCUCUCAUUCAAGACGGCUUGGAGAACGUGCAUUUGGAACCAGCGAAGAUUCCACACUGGGUGAGGGGUCACGAGAGUGCUGUGAUGGUCCUUCCACGAAAUCACACUAUGGCCAUCCUCGGCCUGGGUAGUAGUGUUGGGACACCCAGCCAAGGAAUCGAGGCAGAGGUUCUGGUGGUCGAGUCUUUUCAAGAGCUGAGGAGACGGGGCAGCGAGGCCAAAGGCAAGAUCGUGGUGUACAACCAGCCGUUUGUCAGCUACGAGGAGACUGUGGCCUAUCGUGCUGACGGGGCCUCCGAGGCCGCCAAGGUGGGAGCUGUGGCCUCCCUCAUCCGCUCCAUCACUCCGUUCUCCAUCAACAGUCCCCACACGGGUUGGCAGUGGUAUCAGCCCGGGGUGCGGCAGAUUCCCACCGCCUGCAUCACUGUGGAAGAUGCCGAGAUGAUGGCACGCAUGGCUCGACGAGGCCUGAAGAUUGUGGUGCGGCUGCACAUGGGCGCCCAAACGUUCCCAGAUGUCGACUCCUUCAACACCGUAGCGGAGCUGGUGGGCAGCGAGCACCCAGAGCAGGUGGUGCUGCUGAGUGGUCAUCUUGACAGCUGGGACGUGGGCCAGGGGGCCAUGGACGACGGCGGCGGUGUGGCCAUCUCUUGGGAGGCCCUCAGUCUCCUCCGGGACCUUGGCUUGCGUCCAAAGAGGACAAUCAGGAUGGUGCUGUGGACAGCAGAGGAGCCCGGAGGUGUUGGAGCUAGACAAUACUUCGAGCAGCACAAAGCCAACAUUUCCAACUUCGACCUGGUGAUGGAGUCGGACCUGGGCACCUUCGCCCCGCUGGGUCUGCAGUUCACGGGCUCCAAGCAGGCCCGGGCCGUCAUGCAGGAGGUGGUGAAGCUGCUGGCCCCCCUCAACACCACCACACUGGAGGAGCACGGGGAGGGCACCGACAUAGACAUGUGGAUGCAGGCCGGCGUGCCAGGGGCAAGCCUGCACGUGGCUGACGGCAAGUACUUCUGGUUCCACCACACGGAGGGCGACAUGAUGACUGUGCAGAGCCCCGAGGAGAUGAACCUGUGUUCGGCUCUCUGGGCUGUGGUGGCAUACGUGGUGGCCGAUCUGGACGACAUGCUGCCCAGGUAGCGAACCCCCAUCCCCACCCCCCAGCGCCGAGCAAGACCUGGCACAUUUGCCUCAAGCUCCCCUACUACAUUCCUCAGCACUUUACUUUCAGCACUCCUCCAAUGUCUUAAUCAUGUGUGCAGUAUGUACUUAUUACAGAACUAUUACCCACUUGUCUGGUUGAACAAUGGCAAAGUCUUGUGGCACUGAAUGUGAGACUUGAUCUGCUUUUUCUGUAAAUGUGUAUUUUCAAUAAUAAAGUGUGUGAUUCCAGUA